UGGCUGACGGUCUAUUGUAGGUUUUUUGCAGUGAUCUGUUGACAGGAGGAGAGCGCUCCCCGGCGCACUGAACCAACGCUCAUAGAAAGAGAGAGAGAGAGUGUGUGUGUGUGAGUGCUUUAGCCAUGGCCGCCGCAGGAGGAGGGAAAAUCCGAACAAGGCGACAUCACAUCGUUUCUAAGCCGUACGCUAAGGGCAGGCAGCAACCUGGUUUGAUCAGCCGAGUAACAGACACCGUGAAGAGUAUAGUUCCCUCAUGGCUACAGAAGUACUUCAAAAAUGGUGAGGUGGAUGAAGGAGGAGAGACCCAUGUGCAGGUGGAGCAGAAUAACAUACAGACGCCUCCCAAUGGCAAUCAGGAUGCUGCUCCUCUCCCCACUGAACACAACUCCCCAGAACCCAGCACCAGUAAUGCAGAACCCUCUACAAGCAGAGCAUCGCUAAACUUCCAGGACGUUCUCUCCAGACCUCCACUCAACCGCUCCCAUCUACAUUUCCCUUCCCAUGACGGCUCCCCUGCACUCGGGGGCUCUCUUUUCUCACAGCCCUCCACAUCAACAUCUCCAUUUCCAGCAAGCCCUUUUGCUGUAAGCUCAAGCUUUCCCCUAGUGAAGGAGAUCAAGGACUCCAGCUCUCAGCAUGAGGAUGACAAUAUCUCCACCACAAGUGGCUUCUCAUCACGAGCAUCUGAUAAAGACGUGCCCACCUCAAAAAGCGCACCACUCCUCUGGUCCCCAGAGACGGAACGUGCACAUUCGGGAUCACAGCUGGCCCAUAGUAGUCUCAAGAAGCCAGCCUUCAACCUGUCAGUCUUCAGCACUUCAUCAGCAACGAUGAACAGUUCAGUGGUGAACUCAAGUCAGCUGGGAGAUUCUCCAUUCUAUCCAGGAAAGACGAUGUACGGAGGCGCUGCAGCUGCCAAGACUGCUCGUUCACGGCCGGGUACACCGUAUCAAGCUCCAGUGAGGAGACAGAUCAAGGCCAAACCGGCAGGAGCUCAGCCUUGUGGAGUGACCAGCGCCACGGCCAGACGCAUCCUGCAGUCACUAGAGCGCAUGUCUAGCCCUCUUGCUGAUGCGAAAAGAAUUCCGUCGACUGUUUCUUCUCCCUUAUCAGCAUCAAUGAAUCACACAGAUCUAGAGGUUAGCAGUUUCCAGUCUAAGAGGAAAAAGCUGGAACCAGCUGUCCCUCCAGUGCAGAAGCUGGUAAUCCCAGCUGUUGCAGCCGUGUCUGGAAACCGCUCCAUGUCUUUCCGCCCUUCACUUACUCCUGGAUCAGUAAGCAGAGUGGUGGAAAAGGCCAGCAGGGAGACGCCUGCAAGACGGUCCCCUCAGAUCCCAGGUAUCAAACCAGCUGCUUCAGCAAGCACAAGCAAUCUGUUGUACCCGUUGUCCAGCACACCUGCUGCUAGUGUCACGGGUGCUGGUGGGGGAAAGAUGAAGCGAGAGAGGAGUGUCCGGCCCUCCAUCAAAAGACCCGAGGAUGAGGUUGUUGAAUCACCGAAUCUGCCUGCCGUUUCUCUGCCAAUCAGUAACUUCAAUCUGCCCACCUUUAGUUUUUCCUCCCCACCCCCUGCAUCGACACUCACCAUCAGCAGCAAGCCAAUGCCUCAGGUCUCUGAGCAAGUAGCAGUCAGCAAGGAGAUUGUCGUGUCUACACCUGGGUCUGUCUCUUUCACCUUUUCUUCACCCAUUGUCAAGGCAACAGCUGCCAGUCCAAUGACUUUUUCUCCAUCGUCGGGCUUCACCUUCAGUGCACCUACCAUGAAAACCCCAACCUCAAUGUCAAAUGGGAAACUCGCUCCAGCGAAAGCUACAUUAAAAACAGCCAGUGAAAGUAGUGAGGAGUUUGAAGGGCCUUUCAAACCUGCCAAGUCCCUAAAACAGGGUAGUGUUCUGGAUAUCCUUAAAGGACCUGGAUUUGCUUCUUCAGUCCAGAACACCUCUGAAACCGAACCCGCAAAGCCGAGACACAGCACAACUUCACAUGCACCCUUGACUUCUCUCUCUGGGUUUGCGGAGAAGUUUAAACCUGCAGCAGGAUCUUGGAACUGUGACACCUGCCUGCUGCAAAACAAACCCUCUGACAAAAAGUGUGUGGCCUGCCAGGCACCGCAGCCCAGCACAGACUCUUCUUCCAAAUCAGACAGUAAACCUGCAAAAGCAUCUGCUGCUAGUCUUAGUUCUUUAUUCACCCCUCCAGCUGGAAGCUGGGAAUGUGACACCUGUCUGGUGCAGAACAAGCCCGAGGUGGUUAAAUGUGUAGCAUGUGACACAGCCAAGCCAGGGACCGGUGUAAAACCUGCUCUGAGUCGACCUUCUGUCUCGGAGGUCUCCUCAAACCCCCCUGCUUCUUCUAUCCCGGCCACCACUUUCAACACCACAUCUGGACUGCUUACGUUUGCUGACAAGUUUAAGAAGCCAGAGGGGGCGUGGGAUUGUGACAUAUGCAUGGUUCAAAACAAAGCACAGGAUGUUAAAUGUGUAGCGUGUCUGACCGCUAAACCAGGAGGAGCAACUGCACAGUCAUCCCAAGCACCUUCCUCCCUGCCUCCUGCAUCCACACCAGCAAGUACAGCACCACCGUUGGGUUUUGGAGACAAGUUCAAGAAACCUGAGGGCAGUUGGGAGUGUGAUGUCUGCUGUGUUCAGAACAAGGCUGAGGACCAGCAGUGUGUGGCCUGCCAAACAAACAAACCAGGUGCUAAAGUGGAAACCAAAGGUUUUGGCACUCCAUCAUCCAGCAACUCGGUUGCUUUCAAAUUUGGUACUUCAAAUUCUUCAAACUCGGCCUCUGGUGAAGUGAAAUUUGGUGGCACUUUUUCAGACUCCGCCUCCACCGUGUCCUUUAAAUUUGGCAAUGCUUCAUCAGACUCCUCUGAACCUGCUGCAGGGUUCAAAUUUGGAGACUCAUCCUCGGAUAGUAUUUUGGGAGCAUUCAAACAGGGUGUGUCAACACAGCAAACCUCAACCACUUCAAGUUCAACUGGGUCUUUCAAAUUUGGUGAGUCCUCUGAUGGCUUCAAAUUUGGAGCAGUCUCUACACCUGAAUCAACAAGUGAAGAGAAAAAGAGUGAAUCUGAAAAUUCUGGUGCUGGAUUUAAAUUUGGAGGGAGCAGUACAAUCAGCUUCGGCUCCAACUCUAUUAACACCGUUACUACAACAGCAUCCGGGGGCUUUGCAUUUGGGCUUUCAAAACCUGAAGUAAAUAAUGGGUCUAAUCCAUCAUUCAUUUUGUCAACACCUAAAGCCAAAGCUGAAAAGGAAGAUCCUCCUGUUUCCACACAAGCUGUUUCAGCCACUGCCAACACAGCCCCUGUUUUUGGUAAGCCGCCGGUGACUGAGCCUACCACAGCCGAAUUGUUUGUCGAGGCAAUCCCAAAGACGACGACAACUACUGCUUUCAUGUUUGGUAAAACAGAAGAGAAAAAGGAUGCCCCAGCACCUUCUACUGGAUUUCUGUUCGGUGCAUCCAAGGAGGCUGAAAAACCUGCACCCACUGUGGGCUUCAGUUUCAGCAAGCCAGAACCUCAGAAGGAUCUUCCCAAACCUACAUUUGCAUUUGGAAAACCGGCUGAACCCACAGAAACCCCAAAGCCAGCAUUUAGCUUCGGUCAGAAUGCAACAGACAAUGCACCACCGAAGCCUGUGUUUUCCUUCAUGGGCAGUUCAUCCACAACCUCUGCCUCCUCCAAUCUCUUUGGGCCUCCCAGCAGUUUGAGCCUUGCCCCCACCCCUACUCCAAACAGCACCUUUGUUUUUGGCCAGGGCUCCUCUUCAGAUGCUGCUUCUAAAACCUUCAUGUUUGGGCAACAACAAGAAGCCCAGCCAGCCUCAGCAGAACCCUCUGCUGCUCCUAAUUCAGCACCGACAUUCGUCUUUGGUUCUGUGAACAAUUCAAAUGCAUCACCCUUUGCUUUCGGUGGUUCAGCCUCUACACCAGCAUCAACAGCCCCUGCUCCCUCAGCAAAUCCUACUCCAUUUGGCUUUACAGCCCCCACGUCCACCUCUGGCUUUGGCUCUGGACAAACAAUGGCAUUUGGCGCUUCACAGUCCACUGUUCCAGCAUUUGGAUCAGCUGCAUCCUCUUUCACAGCCACAGCAUCAGCAGCUCCUGCCUUUGGAUCGAAGCCUAGUGCUCCACCUGUGUUUGGCCAGCAGCCCAACUCAACACCUGCUUUUGGAUCAUCUGCCCCUUCUGGCCAAGGAGGCUUUCAGUUUGGAGGAGCCACUGCAUUUGGGCCGUCUAGCAACAACAGCAGUAUAUUUACCUUUGGAGGAGGAGCAGGAGCUACACCAAGUCCUGCAGCAUCACCGGCCAUGUCUGCUCAGCCAACAGCGCCAGGAGGAGGCUUUAACUUCUCACAGACCCCGGCUUUCAAUAUCGGGGCAGCAAAGAGUUCCAACGUCACACCGACAGGACAGCAUGGCAUCGCCGGCCGCAAGAUCAAAACCGCUGUUCGGCGCAGGAAGUAAAGCUGGAAACGAUACAGGCUGCUUCACCAGUGAACAAACAUUGAAGUACUUAGUAUAUUGAGCUUGGUACACUCAUGGCUCCUGUUUGCCAGGAGAUUUGUUUUGCAGUGAAGGGUCACUGGUAGACUGUGGCGCCCUGACCCCGGGACUGAAACUCACAGCGACUCAAAAAUGCAAAAUAAAUGAAUACAAUCAAGCGAAAAACCUUCCCUUGUGCAGGAAAGGUCUAUCUAUUUUCAGCAUUUUCAAUGUUGGCAGAAUUUGCGCAUGACUUUUUGUAAGGAAAGAACACCGUGCAAAAACAAAUUUAGGGCAGUGACAAAUAGGUUUUGCUUGGGUGAUCUGCAGGUAACUGCACGUGGCAAAAACAAGGACUAGUUGCUGUAUAUACAGUGAGGCGAGUGUUUCUAUGUACUGAAUGAAGCAUUUUUUUCUUUGUGCGCAGAUUUGUGUGUACGUACGUGUGAUUUUUGUACAUGCUGAAUUGUUCUGGGUGGAAAAUGGAGGCAAAUGAAUGUGUUUAAGGAAAGGGCUGGGUGGUGGUGUGGGUUACACCCACAUGCUGUUGUUUGGUUGAUGAAAAACGUAGCCCCGCUGCUCUUCUCAGAUCCUCUGUAAAUCUGCACUUCCAAAUAUGUUCGAACUCCUCCUCCUCGAGUGCCCUUUUAUUUUUAUUUUUUCCUCCUUCUAUUACUCUCCCAUUUUCUCGAUCUCAACUCUUUACACCUCAUGUUGCUAUUUGUCUCCUGCCUUUUGAAUAUUAUUAAAAAAUUGUAAAUAGUAACUUUUUUUUGUUUUUGUUUUUUAAUCUGUGAAGUUUGUGUGUUAAACCAGCUUAUUUUUCAUUCAGCAUUUUUUUUGUUUCUUUUUUUGUCUUUUAGAAUUUAUGUAAAGCCCUUAAUUCAAAGUUACCCAAAUCCAUUUAAAAAUGACCUUAAAUGCAAAUUGGGGAUCCUUUGACUAAAGGUAUAUUGGCAUUUCUGAUCCACUUUUGUUUGGACCAAAACCAGUAUUGUAAAAAGUGUUAAGUAUAUAUUUUUCUAUUUCUUGUUUAAAUGGACUUAGGGUGACUUUGGAUAAUAAGGACAUCUGCUUAAUUUUAAAGCCAUGAUAAUUAUUACUGGAAGGGUGAUAAAUAAAACCAUGGAUAAUUGCCAUCAAUAAAAUUACAAAAUGAUUGUCUUUA